UCCAAGAGUUGUUGUCAGAGGAUCAUGGAUGUAGCCUACCAGCCACACCACAGUCCAUUUCAGAUCUGAAAUCACUGGCCACUGCAUUGCUGGAAACUAUCCAUGAAAAAAACAUGGUCAUACAACACCAAAGGCAAACCAACAAAAUUCUAGGUAAUCGAGUGGCAGAAUUAGAAAAGAAAUUAAGAACUUUGGAAAUUGCUGGCUUGUGGAGUCUUCCAGGUGGAAAGGAUACCAUAACAUUCAGUGACCCAACCUUGCCUGUUAUACAGCGGUCCAGGUCACCCUUGUUAGCGUUUACUGAUAAGCCACAGAAAACUGAAGUGCAAGCAGAACAGAAGGGAGAACAUGAUGAAACUUGUGCUCUUGCAAGUGAGUCCCUGGCUCCAGAGGGAACAAACUUAAAUAACAGAAACCAAAAUAAACAUUUUUAUCCUUCAUUACCCCAGCUAUCUUCCGAGGAAGAAGAAGUAAACAAGCUCGGAAGUCAGAUAAUUAAACUGACAGAGCAGGCAGUUGCAGAGCUGAAAGGAAGAAGAUCAGGCGCUUCCGCAGGGGAGUCGAACACGGUGGCUGGAGCAGAGCUUAAUGGUUUGUCUGAGGGAGAGUUCGCACUUUCCAGCCCUGACCCAUCUGACCCCACGGAUCCCUCAAACUCGGAGAAUGAACAAACAGCUGAAGCUAAGGCUCUGAAAGACAAUGACGAAACCUCAGAGAGCGAUUAUGAAAUUCCAAAUGAAAGAGGGGAUCAAAAUAGCAGCACUGUGGAUGUGGUGCAUGCUGAGGACCCUGGUAGGCAUGGAGGGCUCAGUGUUACAACUGCACACACAAAUGUCAGCUUUGAGGAGCUCCCUGAAUCUGAAAACAAGAAACCAUCUGAUCCUGCUGCAAUUUUUUUUUAA